CGCUUACGAAAAGAGUCGUUUAGAUCCGAACAAGGGCCCUAAGGGACAAAAAAGAGAGGGCUCGCGUUCGCGAGCGUCUAUCUGGUAGCCGGUCAUGGCGUCCACGUCGAGCGAAGUCGAUGAGGUUCUGAGAGCAUGGUGCACGGACAAUCCCCAGGUGAUCGGCUAUGUCGUCAUGAACUCUGACGGUGAGUGGACCCACAAACGACCAGAGUCACACGGACAGAGCGCCAUUCAGCCGGGGGGAAAGGCAGCAUAUCCGCAGAAAGACAGACAACGGGCAAAUGGGGGCGUGCAGAUGAGGGCAGGGAGGCUGGCAGGGUAGCUCAUGCGCACAGAAGCCAGGAAGGUCGCUGCUGGGCCGACACACGCGAACAGAAAGCCCGUCACUUUGUAGUGACUGUCCUCAUGGGGCCACUUAUGCUCAUCUCUCUGGCUCAAGGCUUUGCUCCGUCGUUUCCCCCCAGGCAUCCCAGUCAAGUAUCACGAGAAGCUGCCGUACGACAAGGCCGUCCAGUACGCAGCCCUGCUAUCGUAAGGGACGCGAGGGAACGUAUUGAGACGUCGAAUCGCUGUCGCUCCUGUUUGUCUGUGUGUGGGGGGUCGGGUCGGAUUUCCUCCUACAGGGAUUUCUGUACGAGUUCAAGAAAGUGUCUCAAGGAGCUGCUGCCAUAUGUCGAGGUACGGGCCAUGCACUAGGCUCAUACUGUGUCUCGAUCUCUCUGCCUGUGCGCUUGUGUGGUGGGUGGCAGAACGACUUGAAUGCCGUGAGGAUACGCACCAAGGAGCGCACAGAGAUCAUCGUGGUCAGCGCCAUGGACUACGUGCUCAUCGUCGUGCAGGCGAGUGACAAACGAACGAAUGCACACAUAACUCAGUGGUUCAUCUGUGUCAUGUCUGUGCGUUGCUCUGCUGUCGCUGCCUACAGAACUGCAGUGGCAAGCCCAUUAACUACGAUGAGGGCGAGGCCGCCAAGCCAGCAGAAGCGUAAGGGCGGGCCUCGUCUGUUGUGUGCGUGCUUAUGUGCCCGACGUUCAAUGCAAUGUUGACCGCUUUCAUGCCUCCAUGAACUGCUGCUACCGUG